ACUGAAGAUUGUGUUGCCAUAGAACAACAACGUAUCCAAACCUGAACCAAUGCUUUGUUUGAGCGACGGAUCAAAAAGAAAUUGUUGAGGAUAUGAAAGUGAGGCUGUCUUACCUAGCCUUGUGGAAAUGUGCCAUACAAAAAAGCCUUUCUUGAAGAACUGACUGACAUGCCCUGAUGUGGUCUGAGCUGUGGGCUAAUGUGUGGACCAGCCUGUAUCUGACUGUGUUCAGACCAAUGAUAAAGUGGCUGACCCACAAAAUCACAGGAAAGUGCGAGCUGCUCCGCCUGAUAUACCUGUUCCCCACAGGGGCUGAGAGGACCAAGCACAUAGAGAAGUCAUUGCAGCGUUCUCGUCAUGCUGACCUGAAGAGGCUGGUGACAGAGCACAGCUAUGAUGUAGAGGAGGCGGUAAAGCUGGUGGUCAAAAUCAAACAGAUCGUAGAAGAUGUCCAUAUUGAGUUUGAAAGCAGACUGAAGGUUUGCCUCGUUCAGAUAUGUGCCUACAAGAGACUGUUUGAGGAAGUAGAGACAAUAAGGAAGAUAAAGUACGACUCCACAAAUGCUCAGCAUGAAAAAAUGCUGUUGGAGCUGUGGGACCUCUUGAUGCCCGAUGAUCCCCUGGAGGGUCGGAUCAGUUCACAGUGGAAUACCAUAGGUUUUCAGGGCUCUGACCCAGCCACAGACUUCAGGGGCAUGGGUAUACUAGGACUUCAACAGCUUAUAUAUUUUGCUAAGAAGUAUUCCAGUAGGGCAAAACAAUGCCUUUCACGAUCCCAGCAUCCAAACAUAGGGUUGUCCUAUGCCAUCGUUGGUGUGAACAUCACCGGUGUAGCUCAUCAUUUACUGAAGAAACGGAAACUGCGAAGUCACUUUUAUAAUAACAUUGAACCAGUACAUGGACGACCAACUGUUGAAGACUUUCAUGAGGUUUAUUGUUAUUUGUUUUACGAAUUUGACAAGUUUUGGUACAAGGAGCGCCCAAAGACAAUUAUGGAGUUCAGUCAUGUUAGAGACAAGUUCCAGAAGAGAAUUAUAUCCCAGCUUAAAAAGCCAGGCGUAAAGCUGUGUAUAGAGACGGAUGACUGAGCUAGAUAAAACAAGUGUUAAAAAUUAGAACAUAGUCUGGGACUUGGAUCUUAGUACCUGUGUGAUGUCAUGACGGUAGAGACUGAAAAUUGAAGCUGAUCUGUGACAUGGAUCUUAGAAUGCAACGUGUUUGCUUGCGCUAUCGCUGAACUACGUGUGUAAGGCUAUUUGUUGUACCUCUUUUUGAAGGAAUUAAAAAAGAAAUGAAGUACAUGUACUACCAAAUUGUUUUACAUUCUCAGUAUGAGAAAUAUGUUUUUGGAACUUUUAAACUUGAUCAAGGUGGCAUAUGUUGUUCGAAAUGGGACACUGUUAUCGUUUGUGCAUCUUGUUAAAGGCUAACAUCUGAUAGUUACUUUGUCUUCAUGUUCUUGGGCAAGGUGAAUCCAUAUUCAAUCUUUAUUUUGCCACAUAUGAAAUACCAAGACUUGUCACACCAUAAUAAUGGGCUUUUUUUUUUUGUUGUGUGUCUUUACAUCAAAAUACUGUAAGUGAACAUUGAACAAGGUUCUGGUUGUUCAAGGUGUAUGUGAAUGACAUUCCUCGUUGAGAGAAUAAGAAAAACGUAAUUUCACAUGUUGUUUUUGUAAUAAAAUAUCUCCUUACUAGCUUCACCAUACCUAUGUUAGGAUUUCAAAGUUUGAACUUGGCAACAAAUGUAAGAUUUUACGCAAUUGAGCUAUGAGCUCUUUUUUUGGCCCUCUGUGCAUUAUAGCUUAUGACAUUCAAUACUAUGCGGCCAUUAUACCAUUUCUCAGUGAAAGUCAUACAUUCAAAAGCAACUUCUUGUGAAAAUCAAGUGUGUGCAAAAGGGUAAAGGAUUGCUUUUAUUUUGUCUGUUGUGCAUUUUACUAGGAUUUCAUUUGAUGUUUCAUUCGUACUUUUUGAGGUGGUAACAGCUAUGUUAACGAGAAUUCAUAUAAAUUUUAUGUACUGCAUAAUACGUUACAAGUUGAAAGCAUUUAUACAGAAGGUCAAAUUUACCACUAUAAAAUUGGUUCUUUCAUUAAGAAAUUAGGUGAAUAUGUUUAUGCAGAAAUGCCCCCAAUGAAUGAAACAGAUGUGUGUGAAACAUUCAUGGAACACUGGUUAUAAAUUAUACACAAAACAUUCGGUUAUGCAUUUAUGUGAACUAUUUAGUUGAGAAUAAUACAUAUUCAUAAACCAGAGGUUAGGACAAAUUUCUCACAAAACCCAGAUAUUGAGUUUAUUAUGGCUGUUUCAUGUAUGCAGACUCCCAUGUCUUUCAGGUCUCUGUUAAGUAUACUCUAUUGACUACAUGUAUGGUAAGAAGGUAUUUUAUUUUACAAAAAAUGGUCAUUCCGUAAUAUUUAUUGAUGUCCGUACAUGUAGUUUUCAUAUCAGAUAGCAAAUGUAGCUUUAACCAUUAACUGUUUGAUGGUAUGAAUGGUUUAAUUUACCGAUACUUUAAAUAUGCAUGUAGGCCACCUACCAUUUCAUUAGCAACAGCUCAAGCACAUCAGGGUUUGUUUUUUUUUUUUAUCAAUGAUUUACAAUCAUGUUUAACUCUUUCACUUACAGCCACUAUCAGUACAUAUGUAUUGUCACUUUUCACAUGAAAACUCUCAUAAUAAAA